UUAAUCCAAACAGUUAAACUUGUUAACAACAACCAUAACCUAUGAUGUACCUGCAACUCGACUUUUCCACCAUUGAAUUAUUAUUAUAUCAUAAAACAACGUAAACAGCUAAAAUGAUCUUAUUCCAAACCUUGGUAAGAUGGCGGAUGUUAAGGCAAAGACGCUCGUAAAGCCCGAGGCUGUGGCUGUCAAAAAGGGUCGUCCCAGGAAUUACGACCUUGGGAAUGGAAUUUAUAGGUUCAGUAGAACCCGAAUGUUCCACAAGAAGGCUAUAUACAAAUUUCUUGACAAAAAAACUCCCAAGACCGUGAAGCCCAAGAAGCCCGUAACCAUUGAGAAAAAAAUCAAUGGUGAAAAGAACGGAGGUACUCGUAUCGUUCGUCUCCAGAAGAGACGUGCUGCUUAUCCAACCACCGAUCCGAUAACAGUUCAUCACGCAAAAAAUACUUUCCGUGAUCAGACACGUUAUGUACGACCAACCCUGACACCUGGAACAGUUUGCAUUCUUUUAGCAGGGCCACACAAGGGCAAACGGGUUGUUCUGCUGAAGGUGCUCAAGAGUGGUCUUCUUCUCGUGACCGGGCCAUUCCUCAUAAACGGCUGUCCACUUCGUCGUGUCAGCCAAAAUUACGUCAUAGCUACAUCUACCAAGAUUGAUAUUGCUGACGUGCAGCUCCCAGACACCCUGAGUGACGAAGACUUCAAGAGGAAACGCGACAAGCGUGCCAAGAAGGAAGAGGGAGAUAUCUUCCGCCAAAAGAAAGCGCAAUACAAACCGAGCGAGGCGAGAAAGUCCGACCAGAAGGUCGUGGACAAACUCAUCAUCACGGCGAUUAAAAAACGUGAAGACAAGAAGAUGCUCUUCACGUACUUAUCAGCAAUGUUUGGUCUGCGUAGCAGCCAAUAUCCACACAGAAUGAAGUUCUAAACUGUGUAAUUUUUCAAAUAAAAUUAAAAAAAACAUCA